CAGCUAUUCAAUUGAGACACUGAACAGUCAAGGAAAAGAUUCAUACUCGCCGCUUUAACAAAUCAAAAUGAUAAGUCCUAGCCCUCAGCCUCCGAACAGAGUAAAAAAGGAAGAAUCUCCAGACGAAAACUGUUCAAACUCGUACCCGGUAUUCCCACAAAGCAACUACUACCUGAGAGAUGCGGAAGGUGAAAACGACUGGAAGUACGAAGAAAGAGAUGGAACUACCGAUGAGAGCGAAGAGGCCGAUCGCAAAGUUGAAUCAUCUGAGUCUGGAAGUGAAGUCGAAGAUUUUGAGGCAAAGGCAUCCAGAGCCUCGUCCAGCAACUUAGGUGCUUCUUCUCGCCAGACAUCACCCGCAUAUCCUAUCAGCGAGAUCAACCCGGGGCAUCUAUCGCAGAGCGCGUCCAGUGAUAGUCCAUUGAGUGAUCUUGGGACAAUUAGCUCAAUGCCGGAAUCUUUGACGGAUGAUGAUGUUCACCAGUCUCCCGGCAGUACCGACCCAGCUGCCAGUGGUGACAGUGAAGGUACAUGUGAUCUGGUUGAAGAAGACUCCUAUUCUGUAUCCUCUGGCAACUAUACGGAAGACUCAGGCGGGAAUCAAAACAAUGUCAAAGGCACCGACCAGAAUAUACCUCUUCGGUCCGUUGCAGGAUCCUCAAAGCUACCCACAGGAAGCCAAUUUCAGACCGUAUUUGUCAAGGGCAAGAGUGCGGUGACUAUGCGAUACGACGCAUGUCCUCAAUGUUACCAACGGAAACGAAUAGGAUCCCACGUACCUGAUAACUGCCCGGACAACUUGCGACUGUGUAGUGAGUGUCAGGAGACGCACGGGAAGUCCGACGAAUACACAGAUUUCGAGCUAAGAUGUCACCGCCAGAAGUGCCACAAACUGGUCGUUAGUCUUCCACAAUUUACUCCAUGGUCACUGGAUGAGGAAAACAAACUCAGAGAACUCGAAAAUGAGAACCGAGGUCAUUGGGAGGAAAUUAAUGACCAACUUCCCGGAAGAACAUCUGUCGCUUGUAAGAAGCGCUUUAGACGUAUAAAACCAAAGGGUUAUCGUGUAUUCAACAUCAAAGUAGACCACGAGACGCAGGAAAACACCCUCAAUGGCAUAUACUGCGGCAUCUUCCACUGUUGUUAUCGGAUCGCGAAGUCACUCGCAAUAUCAUGGGAGAAGGCUUUCUCACGCAGUACAUACGAUUGGCCUACCGAUGUGCGCAAGAUUACGAAUGGGGAUCCAUGCUUUACUCAAAACGAGCUCACUGCCUUGCUAACAUACUUUUUGAGACUGGCUGUGGCAGGUCAUCCUGUGGCACAAGAGGCGAGAGUAACAGUCGAAGGGCUCAUAGAUGAGGCUAUGGAGAUGGUCAAGAAGGAGGGUAGUCGGGGAAGUCCGGCAUCAAUGGCUGCUACUGAAGCAUUGAAGAUGCUUUUGGAUCUUGCUCGAUGGGAGAUGGACAUCCAAGCAUUAAAACGCAAAUCAGAUGAUGUUGUUCCCUUCGAGCUGACGCUCAAGGUUCAGUGUGGGGAAGAAAGUAUGCUCCAUGACAGACUGGAAAUUUGUUUCCAGUCAGAAUCCACCUUUGAAGAAUGCGCUUUCAUCCAUCCUCCCGAAGUCUUGAGAACCCUACAAAUUUGGACAGAUACAAAAUUGAAAGAACGCAAUGAACGUGUUAGGGUGGAAGACAGACUUACUAGAGAUGAUAUCCUAGAGCGAGCCGAUACGCUGCUUGACAAAGCGAAGAAACUUUCCCAUGACAACCAAUCAAGUCUUGAACGCAAUCAACAUGAAGAUGCUGGCAGUGUAGACCACUCAAACGACACAUUUUUGGAAUUUAUAAAAGCCGAGCUCUCAGUAUUCAGUUAUCGUCAAGCACGAGACAUUCUGAUCUUACUUCGCCAGGCAUCCAGUUCAGGAACAAGGCAAUCCAAGCACCAGGGCAAUCCAUUAUGGUGGCCUGAAGAACCAUUCGACCCCUGGGCAAAUAAAUCCAAAAAAGAGCUUACAGAUUUAUUGGCUUCUCUUUUUUUUUCAAUUACUAGAGAGACGACUGCAAAAGUUUACUUUGGCGACCUUGCCAUGUUGACAAAAUACGCCCUUGUGGCACUCCUCAUGAGAGACGGAAACCCUAAACAGUUCUGUGCGCUAUGGGCAGUGCACCUUGUUGGAGAUAUUCCCCUGGUUUACUGGGGCCAUUGCACAAGGCAAGACCAGUGCCUGUUGAAAAGCGCACAGCAUGGGGCAACAUUUUUGACAGACAAUGAAAACAAGGGAUAUUAUGCACUUGGAGCGAAGCCUCACGGCAAUGGAGAUGCUUCAGAUAAGGACGAUAGCCUAACUGAUGAACUCUUGAAGGUAUUUGAAAAGUUUCCCGGUAUUAAACGCAAGACGUGGAAAUCUCUCGGCGCGAGAGCAAGUCGCUAUUUCAAGAAGGGCCACUCGGGCAAGUGCGGGACUGGACCAUCACCAGCAGCUUGGCCAAAGGGCAUUCCAUGGGAAUCUAAGUGGCACGAUGACCUGAACAAUUGCCGUGUUCUAUUCGCGCGAUACACUGUAGCAUGUAUUCGAGGAGGCAACACGCCGGAGGUUCAGAUAUUGAUUUCGAAGGUCAAGACAAAACCAGAAGAAAAGAAGUUUGUUGUGAAUCUAGAGUCCGAGGUCAAGAAUAUCGCGCAAGAAGAGGAAGAACGACAGACCCAAGCUCCAUCAGGCAGCGGUCUUGAAGAAACAGAACUAGAAAUCCUCGAUGAAUCUACUCAACUUUCCGGGCGCAAAAGGACUAUAUCAGACGCAAAAGAUCAAGGUCGAGCAAAACGCCGCCGGCCUUUAACGCUGGAUCAAGAGUCCUCCCAGGAAUACCAAGAAAAGAAGAUGGCAUUGAGCCUCAUCUCCGGCUGUAUGUCAGUAAUUUUCACUGAGGUAGGGGUCACUGACCCAAGGAUUAUGAAUCUCAUGUCAAAAUUACAAAGGGGGGAGACUUUUGUGGAAAAGACGACAACGAUGAUAGAGAUUCUCGAAAGUCUCAACAAAGAUCUUUUCGGAACAGCAGUAGAAUAGCAAUGGGCCUUUGUAUAUAAGAGGAUUUUUAUCUUCCAGUGUUUAUUAUCUUAGUCCAAGCUUAUCACAAAUCGACGUUCUCGCUGUGGC